UAAAAACAUAUACGACUAAAUAAAUACAUACAGUGUACCUUUUGGGAUCUACAAUUUAUGCAGUUAGGGAAAUAUCCAAUUGCAAAAAGAUGAACCAGCUGUGCAAAGUGUGCGGCGAACCGGCGGCUGGUUUUCAUUUCGGGGCAUUCACAUGCGAGGGCUGUAAGUCUUUCUUUGGGCGCACCUACAACAACAUCGCGGCGAUAGCCGGCUGCAAGCACAACGGGGACUGUGUGAUCAACAAGAAGAACCGCACGGCCUGCAAGGCGUGUCGCCUGCGCAAGUGCCUCUUGGUGGGGAUGUCGAAGAGUGGCUCUCGCUAUGGACGCCGCUCCAACUGGUUCAAGAUCCACUGCCUGCUGCAGGAGCAGCAGGGCACGGCGGGGACAGCCAGUGGGACGGCUGGUGGGGGACCAGGAGGAGUCGGUGGGGUGAGCAGCGCGAAUCUGGAGCAGCUCGCGCGCCUGCAGCAGGCGAGCCAUCAGGCGCGGCAGACCUAUCAGGACAAGACGAAUCCCUGCAUCAAGUCAGCCACAUCCAGCUCCCCCACAAUAGCGGGGGUGGGUGCGGCAGGAGCCACCUCCUCCGCAGCCUCUCCUAGCCUGCCCGGAUUCCUGCAGGCGGCCAAAUAUCUCAACGAUCGUCAGCAGCACCAAAAGCACCACCAGCGGCAGUUGAAGCUGGAAUCCCGCCUCAGCAACACACCCAGCGACUCCGGCGCAUCCUCGGCCGGCGAUCCCAACGAGGAUGGGGCCACUAGCGUGCUGAGUGGCAACACCACGGGCGUCAUCAGCAGCACUGCAUCGAUGCCCAAGUUGAGCCAGCGGCCGGUGGGUUGUCCUCCGUUCCCCGCCUCCUCCGAACCAGACGCGGACCUGGCUGCGCAGCAGCAGCGUCAGCGCCAUCAGGAGCUGCUAGAGAUCUUCCGCAGUCACUCGGAGCCGCUCUACAGCUCCUUUGGCCCCUUCAGCCACCUGCCGCCAGUGCUCCUCGCCGCCGGGGUGCCCCCAAUGCCCAUCUUCAAGGAUCAGUUCAAGGCGGAACUGCUAUUUCCGGCCGCCAGCAGUCCGGAGCUGGACGAACCCAUCGAUCUCUCGCUCAGAUCGCGAACAGAUCCAGCCAGUCCCUUGGCGCCUGGCUCGAACAGUCCCAGUCUAAGCGAGCCUGCAGCGGCUGGUCAUUUCCUGGACGAGUCCUCGAUCCUUGUCCGCAAGUCCACGCCCCUCGACCUCACUCUGGUGCGCUCCCAAACUCUGACGGGCUGAACGAGAGCUGCCUGAAAAUUCGUUCCUGUGCCAAAACAAUUUCGAAAAGACAUUCUUUCCUCCAUUGAGACCCUGUCAUUGGAACCCGAAACCAGAAUUAAAUCUACCCAGAAAACCGCUUCAUCUUCAUCAUUUUGGUGCCAGUGAAAUUAUGUACAAAUAUCAAUAUUAUUUUGUUUUUAUUUAGCUCAAUUACAGCCGCUAGGAGAAAAGAGUGAACAAUCGUAUUAUAGAGUACAUAUAUAAAACAAAUACAUAAAUAUAAAUAAAUACAUGAUACUUUCUAGACAAAUUUACAAACGAUUGUCAUUUAAUGUGCUAUGCGAGAAUUUGCUUACAUUUCGGUUGUUUUUCUUAAUUUAUGUGUAGCUAUAUAUAUAUGUAUACAUAUAUUUAGU